UAUAUGUUUUCAGGUGGUUUUAAUGUAAUAUGGUGUGCUGACUGUAACAGUAAUGUAUGAACAAGUUAAAGUGAUGUCAUCUCACAUACACUACUCUCCUCUCCCUACAAACGAAAGUGAUAUCUCAAACAUACACAAGUUCGCCUUCCCCAAAAUAUCUCGCCUGAAAAUUGUUGGUGUGACUUUUGUAAUUUUACUGUCAGUAGUAUUAGUAGUUAUAUCCUGUUUCAAUAAGGGAUACUGUUCAAAUAAGUCAGUUUGUAAUCCUGAAAGUGAAGGAAAUCGGUCGGACAGAGGACAGUAUGGUAAGGGAGAACAUAUAAAAUUUCAUCACAUGAAAAGACGUCUACCUCAAUGUAUAAUUAUUGGUGCGAGAAAGGCAGGGACUCGAGCUUUGUUGACCUAUUUAAAUAUUCAUCCAGGGAUUGUUGUGAAAGGUGAGGAGAUGCAUUUCUUUGACGAUGAAGACUACUAUUAUGACUCUUUGGAGUCUUACAGAAAACAAAUGCCUUACUCUUAUCCAGACCAAAUCACAAUCGAGAAAACACCAGCUUAUUUCACCGAAGAAGAGGUACCAGAAAGAAUAUAUCGUAUGAACAAAACAAUAAAAUUAUUACUGAUUUUCAGAGAUCCUGUUGAACGGACAAUUUCCGACUAUGUUCAAAUAGCCGAAGGUAAGAAAUCGAAAAAUAAGUAUGUUGCAUCAUUUGAAGAUCACGUCCUGGAUUCUAAGGGUAAUAUAAAUAGGAGCUACAGGGCGGUGAAAAGUUCUAUAUAUCAUAAGCAUUUGUCGCGCUGGUUGGAAUUCUUCUCUCUGAAUCAAAUUUACAUCAUCGAGAGUAAGGACCUUGUUGAAAAUCCGUCGGUUGUGAUGUAUGACGUUGAAGAUUUCUUGCAGAUUGAGCACGAGAUCAAGCCAAGUAAUUUUUACUUUAACAAAACUAAAGGAUUUUAUUGUGUUAAAACUGACACCUUACAGAAAUGUCUCGCUGACAGUAAAGGUAGACAGCACCCACAUGUCCAGAGGUCUGUCAUCAGUAAAUUAAGGAGAUUCUUCGCUCCACACAAUAGGAAGUUGUACAAGAUGGUUGGCACAGAUUUCCACUGGGCUGAAGAAUGAAGAUUAUCAUUUCAUUAAUACAUGUAUUAAGAAUAUAGUAUAUAAGAUACUAAUGCGGCCUUCAGUUUUUCUAAAGGUUAAAUAUGUUAAUAUAUAUAAGAUAAAUUGUCUCAUAUAAUUGUCAAAUCAAACAAAUUAAGGUUUAAAAUGAAAUUUAUCGUCAAUAAUAUACAAAAAUGUACGUAAACAAUAAGAAAAUACUCUCAGGGCGCUGUUUUGAAGAAGGCUUAAAUAGUGCUUGAUGCACUUUUCCAAGUUAAUAUUACUGAAAUACUUACCUUGAAACAGCACAGAAUUGUUUUUUUCCAACAAAAAAUAAAAGCUGAAGGCCGCUUUGGAUAAUAAUUUUGUAUCUUUUACAGAUACAUAGGAUAUCUUGAGAAAAUAUUUGUAUUUUUUUUAUCUCGACAAGAAGUGAAAAUGUUCUCUUAAAUAUAUGUACCCAAAAAAAAAGAAAAACUAAAAGAUGUUCACAGUCAUGUAAUAAUAUUCAUUGAAAACAGUCAUCCCUCUU